CUCCCGCCGGAAGUGUGAUGUGGCCGCGGAGCGGGUCGCCAUGUCUGCCAUCUUCAACUUCCAGAGUCUACUGACAGUAAUCCUGCUGCUCAUAUGUACCUGUGCCUAUAUCAGAUCCUUGGCUCCCAGCAUACUGGACAGAAAUAAAACCGGACUAUUGGGAAUAUUCUGGAAAUGCGCCAGAAUUGGUGAACGGAAGAGCCCCUACGUGGCUGUGUGCUGUGUUGUAAUGGCCUUCAGCAUCCUGUUUGUACAGUAGCGACUGGACAGUGUCUCCUGUGCCCUACUACCAAAAGCAGAACAUGGAAGAACUUGUGUCAGGAAAAGAUGGAAAAGUGUCAUCAAGUCUCCUCUCACACCCUGUUGGAUACCCUGGCUUUUAGUGAACACCCCCACCUCCUGUAAACAGACCAUCAAGUACAGUAUUAGUGAUCAUAAUGUAGCUAACUCCAGAUGACAGGUACUUAUUGAUGUCAAGUCAGUACUGACACUCCUGAUACAACUCUUGAAGGGGUGUCUCUUGUGCAUCUGAGUUUCAGGGUAGCUUUUUUUACACCAUGCAGUUGAAAAUGCUUUCAGUUUCUUUUGUUUAAUUCAUUGUUUAGUAGUCCUUGUCAUGGUUUGUUUGAUAGACCUAUUUAAUGAAACUUAAAAAAGAUAAAUCUAGCAAUAGCAAUAAGACUGCUCCUACAAGAAUAAAGAACAUUGUGACUCUAGGGUAUGUUUACAAAGUAUUUUCAAUUCUUACUGCCUGAAAAAUUUGUGUCAUUUUGUGAUAGCUGUACUCACACUACUGAAAAUAUGAUCUGUGACCUAAGUUACAUUCUAAAUGUAAUGCCACACUUCUAAACUUGUAAUUGUUCAAAUAAUCUAUCGGAAUUUUUGUUGUUAAGGUAUCAGUACAUGCAGGGACCAUAAUUUUAGUGAUGUCUGACAAGGCACAGAUGUGGGAUUUGAGAACCUGGACUGCCCAGUGUAAAGUAGUGUAUGUAAUCAUUUUUAGGGAUCUAAGUCUCAGGCAAAUAAUUCCCCAACUUUUUUAAUUAUGACAAAAAAGAUUUUAAAGCCUCUGCUGCUGUUUUUGCAUGUAAUACAAGGUUGCUAAUCAGCUAAGCAAACAGUUGCCUUCUUAGGAGUCUGCAGAUAAGGAAUUUGCAUGUCCCAGUGUUCUAAAGGUUAUAGAAAACAACUAAAAUAAAUUAAACUUGUGAUUAAUAAAGAUUGUAUUACCUUUGUUAA